UUGAAAGAAUAUUCCGGAUUAUUCAACUGUCAAAUCAAAGUUAAGUUGUGUGUACACGCCUUGUGUUUUUAAAAUUGAUUAUAGCAGUUUUACGACGAGAAAAGUAUAAUUGCAAACGCUUUAAAGGAAAGUAAACGGUUAUAAAUAAAACAAUGGUGGAUUACAGCAAAUGGAAGGACAUUGAGAUUUCUGACGAUGAAGAUGAAACACAUCCAAAUAUUGACACACCAUCGUUGUUCCGAUGGCGGCAUCAGGCUCGUGUGGAAAGAAUGGAGGAGCGUAAACGGGAAAAAGAGGAGUUCGAGCAGAAGAAGUCUGAAACAUUUAGGAAAAUAAGCGAAACCAAACGCAAGAUUGCAGAGACUGAUCCGUCUAGUCCCAACUUGGAAUCAUUGAAAAAAGCCCUUAGCGAACUGGAGAAGACUGAGAAUGAGAUUCUUAAAAAAGAAGAAGAAUUGAGAAAGAAAGAGAAGCAAACUCCUUGGAAUGUCGACACAAUUAGUGCUCCAGGAUUUACAAAAACAGUUAUAAACACAAAGCCAGCUAGAUCUAAAGAUGAAAAUCUCACUGAAGAGGAAAAAGAGGCAAAGAUGAAGAAAUUCAUUAAAGAAAAUGAGAAAUUAUUGAAACAGUUUGGAAUGUUGAGGAAGUAUGAUGAUUCUAAAAAAUUCCUGUUAGAUCACAACCAAUUAGUUUGUGAAGAAACUGCAAAUUAUCUUGUCAUAUGGUGCAUCAAUUUAGAAAUGGAAGAGAAACACAAUCUUAUGGAGCAUGUGGCGCACCAGACUAUCUGCAUGCAGUACAUUCUGGAGCUCUCUAAACAGCUGGAUGUAGACCCAAGAGCUUGUGUCAGCUCUUUCUUCUCCAAGAUUCAAUUAGCCGAGAAAACGUACAAGGACUCAUUUGAUGAUGAGUUAGAACAAUUCAAGUCACGUAUCAAGAAGCGUGCAGCAGAGAAAAUACAGGAGGCUAUCCGGGAGCAGGAAGAAGAGGAACGCAGGGCCAGGCUGGGUCCUGGUGGUCUUGACCCUGUCGAAGUUUAUGAGGAACUGCCUGAUGAGCUGAAAAAAUGCUUCGACGCGCAGGACGUGCCGCUGCUGCAGGAGACAAUCGCCAAAAUGCCGGAACAAGAGGCAGUGUACUUCAUGAAGAGGUGCGUCGAUGCCGGUCUCUGGGUGCCGCAGAAGAAAGACGAGGAAGGCGAGGGGAGAAUGAAGGAGAAGGUGGAAGAACCUUCGGGAACCCCAUCGGUCACUGACGAUGUAGACUGAGGUUACUAACCACAUUUUUGUUCGCUAUCACCGGUUGUAUGUGAUCGACACAUUGCGACACGAAAAUCUUAAUCGCGCAUUUAAAGCCUGUUUCCACUAAUGUGUAGAAGUUGCAUACUACCUGCCAACUUGUGGAAAAAUGGUCUAAGUCUUGUCGCGUUGUGUCGCUCGCCUGCAAUGAUUGGUUAUAAUCCGUGUAAAUAAUAGCAACAUGAUUUUUCCGUUUAUUUGAAAUAAAUCCUUGAAAGCAAAUUACAAUUUUUGCCAGAUAACAGAUCUUUGAUUUUUAGUAAUUAAUGGAAUUUAAUUUUCUAUGAAUUAAGAAAAUUUUAACUAUGCCACAUAAAUAUUUAGAGAAGAGAAACUAUAAAUUUAACUUUGUUUAAUAUAUUUAGAGUUACCUGUCAAGUUUAGUAAUUUCUUGAAUUGUAGAACAAUUUGAUUUUAAUCAGUUUCAAGCUUUAUAACUGUAUAAUGCUGUGACACUUGUAAAAAUAAUAUAAACAUUUAUUAUCUUUGACAAAAUAGAAACUACAAUACAGUUGAAUCUUGAUAAGUGAGAGUUCAAAGGUAUUCUUUUUCUCGUUUAUAGAGCUUUCUUUCUAACCCGGCUCUGCUUUUCCAUGUUCGACUAUCUACAAGUGUCAACUGCAGUAUAUUUUUACUGCGAGAAUAAAAAAUAUCUAAUAUGUUUUAACUUUAUCCUACGUAAAAGUAUAGAUUAUAUUAACAUCAAUAUUUCAAAAUUCCACUUUUUGCUUACAUUUUUUAUUCAAUUGUAUCUUAAUAUAAUUUAGUAUAAUAAUCAGGUUAUAGUUUUAUUGAAUAACCAAUUUAAUUAUAAUAAAAUUGCAUAUUAAAUUGAUAAUAAAUGUGUUAAAUUAAGUUUGAUUUCGAAAUUCAUUAGUAAAAUCAUCGUUUAGCUUACAUCAGUAUUAUGCUUUUUUAUUUAUAUACACUGCAAAGUUAUCUGAGCCGCUGGGCUUCAGAAAAACUAAAUUAUAGAAGCUCACUAGCGCCCUUGUGAC